AAAUCAGAGCCAGUUUGUUUUGGUAGCUCGCCGAUUACUGCCACCCAAGUUCCAAGAAUGGCAUCAAUGGGACUCCAGAUUCUGGGCAUAGCCCUGUGUGUGUUCGGGUGGCUGGGAGCUCUGCUCACCUGCAUCCUUCCCAUGUGGAGAGUGACCGCUUUCAUUGGGAAUAACAUCGUGGUGGCGCAGAUCAUUUGGGAAGGGCUUUGGAUGAACUGUAUUGUUCAGAGCACCGGGCACAUGCAGUGUAAGGUGUACGACUCACUGCUGGCCCUCUCGCAAGACCUACAGGCUUCCAGAGCUCUGACUGUUAUCUCCCUGGUGGUGGGUGUCAUCGGUAUUCUGGUCUCCAUUGCUGGAGGAAAAUGCACCAACUAUAAAGAAAAUGAGGCAACAAAGGCCAAGGUGACGAUUAUAGCCGGAAUUAUCUUCAUCCUCUCUGGAGUGCUCACCCUGAUCCCAGUGUCCUGGUCUGCAAACACCAUCAUCAAAGAUUUCUACAACCCACUGGUGACGGACGCCCAGAGGAGGGAGCUUGGAGCCUCCUUAAUGGCAUCAAUGGGACUCCAGAUUCUGGGCAUAGCUCUGUGUGUGUUCGGGUGGCUGGGAGCUCUGCUCACCUGCGUCCUUCCCAUGUGGAGAGUGACCGCUUUCAUUGGGAACAACAUCGUGGUGGCGCAGAUCAUUUGGGAAGGGCUUUGGAUGAACUGUAUUGUUCAGAGCACCGGGCAGAUGCAGUGUAAGGUGUACGACUCGCUGCUGGCCCUCUCGCAAGACCUGCAGGCUUCCAGAGCUCUGACCGUUAUCUCCCUGGUGGUGGGUAUCAUCGGUAUUCUGGUCUCCAUUGCUGGAGGAAAAUGCACCAACUGUAUAGAAAAUGAGGCAACAAAGGCCAAGGUGACGAUUAUAGCCGGAAUUAUCUUCAUCCUCUCUGGAGUGCUCACCCUGAUCCCAGUGUCCUGGUCUGCAAACACCAUCAUCAAGGAUUUCUACAACCCACUGGUGACGGACGCCCAGAGGAGGGAACUUGGAGCCUCCUUGUACAUCGGUUGGGGAACCUCGGGUCUGCUGAUCCUCGGAGGGGCUCUGCUCUGCUGCACCUGUCCUCCCAAGGAUGAGAAUUCGUAUUCAGCAAAAUACUCUGCACCUAGAUCUACAGCUCCGAGCAAGAACUACGUGUAACUUGGAAAUGGAUAGGUCCGAAUCAAUUUCCAGAGAUAAGAUCAGACCAAUGUUGUACACUGUCUAUAUUGUUUGGCAUUCGGCGAAUUAAAUCAAUGUACUGUAAAACUAAUUUGCUAUAUCAAUAUCCUAACAACAACUCGAGUAAUUAACAUUGAACCGUACCUGCCUGUUCUUAGAGUGAUCGAUGUAAGGAAGGAUUUGAAGUGAGUGCACUUACACCCAUCACAAACUCAUAAAUAGAGAUUGGAAAUGUGGCCAGAGUUUGAAUGUGGAGAUGUUUAAAAAAAGGAUUUUUGUUGAGAGAUGUUGAUGUUAAUAUUUUGCAUAAUAUCGAUGUUCAGCAGCAGUGGACCUAAUGUAUAGCAAUGUAACCGCGUUUCCAGUGAGAGCAAAACUUUCCUUUCUAACUCUAAUAGUGACCUGGCACUCGGAAUAUCCGAUGAGUAUUGGAAAGAGGCAGCCGCCGCCAUUUCACAUCCAGCGUGGAAGUGAUAGCUGUGAAAUGGGUCUCGACCCACUCAGAAUAGUUCAGUGUAUUAAACAACGUGAUUUUAAUACCAGAUCCCAUUUGUAUUCUAUGGUGGAACUUGUAUCUCGACUUUUCAUUGUAUAUUGUUCUCUUAAUGUUCCUUCCAUUCAUGUAUUUUUUGAAGAUUAUCUUUUUCAAACAGUCUUGUCUGCGUACUUAUUUGGACUGUAUAUCAUGAAGGCCAAAAUAAAAAGUACAUCUCUUUCA